AUGACCCGCACAAUCUAUCUGGCAAUAUUCUCCAACGGCGCGCGGCCCGCUCAUCAGGCUAUCUUUGUCCCUACAGGUGAUGCAGGUAUGAUAGGAAAAAUCAUACAUGUCACCAGGAAUCCAGCCAUUGGAUCUUUCCUACAGUUCAAGCGCAACUACAACCUCGAUACCACCCAACGCAAGCCCCAUCUUAUAUCUAUUGCUGGGCUGUCCAUUACCGAUGCUGUGGGUAAUACUAAGAGUCACGUGACACCCAGUGAACUGAGCACUGAGUUCAUCGAUGAACCGAGCUGUCUUCUGGUCUAA